AUGAAUGCAUUUGAAGUUACUCUUCAUGAAGCGGAGGAGAUCUGCUUUACGAAAAAAAAUACUACCGUUGGGAAUUGUGCUCGGGAACCAAAAAUUUCGGAGAUAAAAGCAUUGUUGUCUGAAAUGAAAGCUGAGAUCUUGCUCCAACUGCAGAAAAAACUGGGCAAAUCAGUCUCGUGUACCAAUGUUUCGAAGACUUUUGAAGGAAAGAAUUGCGCUGAUUUGUAUAACAAAGGUAUAAAACAAAAUGGAGUUUACAGGAUUGAUCCAGACGGCAAGGGCAGCUUUAAUGUUUCCUGUGAUAUGACGACAUCUGGUGGAGGAUGGGCAGUGUUUCAACGUCGUCUUGAUGGCAGUAUUGAUUUCUACAGAGGAUGGCAAGAUUAUAAGCAUGGCUUUGGUGAUUUGAACGGAGAAUUCUGGCUUGGACUAGACAAAAUCUACAGACUUACAACCGCUUCUAAGAACAAGCUGCGUAUCGACAUGGAAGAUACUUCCACGAACAAGAAAUACGCAGAAUAUGGUUUCUUUGCUGUUGCUAAUGAGAGCCAGAAAUAUCAACUUAGUCUUGGCACUUACUCUGGUACUGCAGGAAAUUCCUUCUCGUACCACAAUGGUAUGGCGUUCUCGACAAAAGAUUCCGACAAUGAUAAGUAUAAUGCAAAUUGCGCUGUGCAAUUCAAGGGUGGUUGGUGGUAUAAGCACUGUCAUGUAUCCAAUCUCAAUGGUCUGUAUCGUCAUGGUGCGCACCAGUCAUAUGCUGAUGGUAUCAAUUGGCAUUCAUGGAAAGGUUAUUACUAUUCCCUGAAAAGUACAUCGAUGAAAAUCCGCCCGCAGUCAUUUUAGUGCGAGAAAUGCAGGGGAAUAGCAAUAGAUGUUUUCUCUCUACCCUUAGGAAUUAAAGCAUUACUGUGGUUACAAAAUUGUUUACAGACUCUCUUUAUUAUAUUCGCGCGUUUUUAUUUGCUUUUCAGUUGGUAUAUUCUUUCUUAAUUUAACGUGAUUAGGUCCACAUAUUUUGGAAGUCGCUGCCAUCACGUGUAACAGUUAAAAAAUAGGACUACUAUGGUGUAUGCUGUAGUGGCA